AUGAUAACUACCCAUCUGAUCCAGAAAUAUCAUCUGCUAUAUCGUCCAAGUAUAAUCACAUGUCGAAGAUUUCAAUCUUCUAGAUCAACCACCACCACCACCACCGCCACCACUCCAAUAUCACAAUUACCUAACAAAAACUCAAUAUAUGUCAUUUCUAUCCCCAUUACUACUUCUAAAUCUUACAUUUAUUGUAAUCACAGACCUUCAACUUUAAGUCCCAAACAAUUGGCCAAUAUCCCUUUAAUUUACAAAUUAGAAAACAAAUUAAUCAAUUUGGCAUCUAAAGGAUGGUCUAAAUUAACCAAUUCAAAACAAAGUGUCAAUCAAAAAGUCGUAUCAUUUAUUAAAAAAUUACUCGAUACUAUUCCUUAUGAAGAAAAUUGUCUAAAAUCUUUCCCCACCAAGGCAACAAUGAUUAGAGAAAUCAAUGAAGAAUCAUCUCAUUUUACUGAGGGCAAUAAAGACCAAAGUGGUAGUGACAGUAGUGAUCAAAUGCCAGUCCAUAAAAUUGUUCAAGCACAAGUAGAUGAUUUAAAAAUUAGUACCGACCAAUUAAAACCAAUUCCAUUAUAUCAUCCUCAAUUCCAAAAUCCUUCAGUGAUUUUAAAUCAAUUAUAUUCAUUUGAAGAAGAAAACAAAAAGAAACACAAGAAUCAAGCGAUUUUAUGUGCCAUUGGAAUACCAAUCACUUUACCAUUUGCUCUUGUUCCCAUAUUACCUAAUGUACCCGGGUUUUAUUUGGCUUAUAGAUUAUAUUGUAAUAUUAAGGCAUUACUUGGACUUCAACAUUUGAAUUAUCUUUUGGAAACGAAAAAAGGUGGUGAUCCAGAAAUUGCUAAUCAAUCUACUGUUAAUGAUACUUUACAUAUAACUUUUAAAGAAAUUGAAGGAUUGAAUCAAUUGUAUUUACAACAUAACAAUCCUAAUUUGUUACAAGAUCCAAUUGAAGAUGAUGAAGAAACUGUGAUUAUUAAUGAAGAUACCAUUAAUCAAAUUGUUGAAAAAUUUGAAUUGACUAAUUUAAAAGAAGAUUUAUUGAAAGCUUUGAAACAAGAAACAAAACGAUUAAAUAGGGAUAUUAAAGUAGAAGAUCAAGUUGAGUAG